ACCCGCUAAUGAUGUUAGUUUUAGAUGCAACUUCUAACAAUUUUUGGUUUUAUUUUCUCAUUCGUCAUCUCGAAAGUUGGCUCAACACAAUCUGUAGCGGUCACUGGACGUCUGGUAUGUAAUGAAAAGCCUGCUGCUGAUGUCAAAGUAAAAUUGUACGAAAAGGAAUUGAUACUUGAUGUGAAAAUGGAUGAAGGAAGAACCAACGAAAGCGGUGAAUUUCAUCUUUCUGGUUCAAAGAAAGAAGUGAGCACUAUUGAUCCACAAGUAAACGUCUAUCACAAGUGCGACUAUAAUGGUAUAUGCUACAGAAAAUUUGGUAUUGCCGUUCCGGCCGACUUCGUCACCGAAGGUCCUACACCUCAAAAAACCUUUGACAUCGGCAUAGUCAAUCUAGCUAAUAAAUUUACCGGCGAAAGUAUUGACUGUAUAAAUUGAACGUUGCGCGUGU